AUGAAGAGGCCCCCUCCUCCUCCUCCACCUCCACCACCUUCUUAUUCAUCUUCUUCUUCAUCUUCUUCUUGCAUCAAUUCACCAAAACCCCAAAAAAAGUCCCAGCCGAAACGCGCUCGACCCAAGAAAAUUCAGAAUGCUGCUGCGGAUUCUACUAAAUCAAGAAGCUCCAUUUUCAGAGGUGUCACCAGGCACAGAUGGACAGGAAGGUUUGAAGCACACCUGUGGGAUAAGAAUACAUGGAACAGCAUUCAGAACAAGAAAGGAAAACAAAUAAUUAAUUAUGUCAUUGCCUCUGAAUUCAUGUUUUCUGACUGUAUGUGUUGUGUUCUUGAUGAUGAUGAUCUCUGUCCACGCAUUUGUCGCUGCACAGUCUAUUUGGGUGCAUAUGACAAUGAGGAAUCUGCGGCUCGAACCUAUGAUCUAGCUGCCCUCAAGUAUUGGGGGCCCGAUACUCCGCUAAAUUUUCCGCUUGAGAUGUAUUCGACAGAGAUUGAGGAAAUGCAAAAAUCGACAAAGGAAGAAUACUUAGCAUCGAUUCGACGACAAAGUAGUGGAUUUUCGAGAGGUGUCUCUAAGUACCGUGGCGUGGCAAGGCACCACCGUAAUGGUCGAUGGGAGGCUCGAAUUGGACGUGUUUCUGGAAAUAAAUAUCUCUACUUGGGAACCUUCAGCACACAAGAGGAAGCUGCGGCAGCAUAUGAUAUGGCAGCAAUAGAAUUCAGGGGGCCUAAUGCAGUAACCAACUUCGACAUUAGCAAAUACACAGACAAGUUGAAAAAAUUCACACCGGAGGUUGAAGUAAAUCAGGAAGAUGUCCAAGUAACGAAUCAAGAAACUUCGGAGCUCGAGUUCCAAGUAACGGAUCAAGAAACUUCGGAGCUCGCCCCCCAAACGCAAGGAGACGAAACAACUGAUCAUCAAUACCAUCAACAAGAGGAAUACAAUCAAAUGGUUCAACCAAGUCUCUCAAACGUAGAGUUGAUUGAUUCCGUUGACUCUGAUGUAAUGGCGAUUAUGGACCCCACCGGGGAUAUCGAGUACCCUUGGGACGACAUGUGCUUAGACUUAGACCUCAAUUCGCUUCAAAUUCCCAACAUUCCUCUCGAAAAACCCGACGAGCUGUGGGGAUUGUUUGAUGACGAAGGCUUCGAGGAUGACAUUGGUUCCAUUUUUGACUACUCUUUCGAUGAAAACGAUUUUCUCCAGGAUACAAUGUCCGGAACUAGUGCUGGAAGUAAGGGCGUCGAGGCAGAUAUUUUGGCAGGUCGAGGCGAGAAGGAGCGUGAUGCAUCAAUAACUUCUUCUUCUUCACCACCACCAUCAACAACAUCAGUUGGUAGCAACAUAGAGUAG